ACCACUGAGGAUGGCUACAUACUGGGAAUGCAGAGAAUACCAGUGGGGCGCAAUGGAGUUAUGGGAGGAGAUAGGCAGCCCGUGCUUUUGCAACAUGGUGUUCUUACGGAUGGCAUGUCGUGGCUCCUGAACCUUCCGGAGCAAUCUCUGGCCUUCGUUCUAGCCGAUAACGGGUUUGACGUUUGGGUCGGUAACAUGAGAGGCACCCGUUCCAGCCGUCGCCACGUGUCUCUUUCGUCAUCCGACCCGGCUUACUGGGCGUGGUCUUGGGAUGAGCUGGCGGCCAAUGAUCUCCCAGCUAUGAUUGACCUGGUUUCCAAAAACACAAAUCAGAAGCUUCACUACGUUGGGCACUCAUUGGGAACCCUAAUUGCCUUGGCAUCUUUCUCAGAGGGAAGGCUAGUGGACAAGCUAUCUUCAGCUGCCCUUCUGAGUCCAGUAGCCUACCUCGAUCACAUGAAAACAAAAUUAGGCAUUCUUGCUGCCAAGCUCUUCGUGGGUGAGAUCUUGAGUAAUUUGCUAGGACUGGCAGAAUUCGAUCCCAAAGGGUUGGAAGCAUCCAAGUGCUUGAACAAACUUUGUAGUUAUCCUGGUGUGAACUGCUAUGAUCUCCUCACCGCAUUUACAGGUAGCAACUGUUGUCUUAAUGGUUCAACGGUGGAAUUAUUUCUCAAGUAUGAACCGCAGCCAACGUCAACCAAAAACAUGGUACAUCUAGCGCAAAGUAAGCCAUCAGUUUAUGCGAGUAUUUUGCAGUCCGUUUUUAAUGGGUUAAAUAUACAUAUUUUUUGUAAUAAAAUCAAAUCGUUAUAG